CAAACAUAAAGUUUUGAGUGAGUUCAGAAAGAUUUGCGUAAAGAAGAGGAGAGGGAAGAGGAGAGCGUCCCCCCACAUGAGGGCGAGAUCUGACUGAACUUCAUUCUGCCAUUCACACAAUAUGAAGAAAUGUCUGAGGAGACAGUGUUGGAUGUGAGAGGCGGUGUGGUGCGGAGAGAACGAGAUCGAGAGAGGGCACGCGAGUCCACGGCCAGAGCCAGCAGCAGGAGCAGCAGCAGCAGCGGUGCAGGGGGAGGAGGAGGAGAAGGAGAAAGCUCCAUGCAGUUCAGCACCAGACCGGCCAGUGCCGAGCCGGGCUUCAUGGGGACAUGGACACAGCAGAGCACUGACAGCAACCUCCUCUUCAGAAUGUCCCAGCAGGCCAUCCGCUGUACUCUGGUAAACUGCACAUGUGAGUGUUUCCAGCCUGGAAAAAUCCACCUCCGGACAUGUGACCAGUGCAAGCAUGGAUGGGUCGCACAUGCUCUAGACAAGCUGAGCACACAGCAUCUCUACCACCCGACGCAGGUGGAGAUUGUACAGUCCAAUGUGGUGUUUGACAUUAGCAGUCUGAUGCUGUAUGGGACUCAGGCAGUACCUGUGAGGUUAAAGAUCCUGCUGGACCGUCUGUUCAGCGUUCUCAAACAGGAAGAGGUUCUGCACAUCCUCCAUGGCCUGGGCUGGACCCUGAGAGACUAUGUUAGAGGCUACAUACUACAGGAUGCUGCAGGCAAGGUUCUGGACAGAUGGACUAUAAUGUCUCGGGAAGAGGAGAUCAUCACUCUUCAACAGUUUCUGCGCUUUGGUGAAACCAAGUCUAUUGUGGAAUUGAUGGCCAUCCAGGAAAAGGAGGGUCAGGCAGUCACAGUGCCCUCGUCAAAGACUGACUCUGGAAUCAGGACUUUUAUUGAAAGCAACAAUCGAACACGCAGUCCUGGCCUUCUGUCGCACCUUGAAAACAACAGCCCCUCCAGCAUUCACCAUUUUGAGAACAUCCCAAACAGUCUGGCCUUCUUGCUGCCCUUCCAGUACAUCAACCCAGUGUCAGCCCCCAUGUUAGGGCUGCCACCAAAUGGACUGACCAUUGAGCAAUCAGGUCUCAGAAUGCGAGAGCCAAAUCUGCCCAAUCAGAGUGAGCCAGUGGAGACUAGUGAAUCUGAAGUGUCCCUCUCACCAUUUCGUAAUGGUCAGAGCCCCAGUCGAGGAACAAUGGGGACUUUACCUAACAUCAUUGAACCUAAGAUAGAACCCAACAGAGCUUCACCCAUCUCUCCAACACCAUCUUCACAGCAGUCCCAGCAACCGCAAACACCAACACACCAAUCACAGGGGCAGCAACAACAGCAAUCAAGCACUCUGAACAACCACCAGAUCCAUCACCACUUUGAAAAGAAUGAACAAUCGAAAACCAUUACACACUCUUCUUUCUCUUCCAAAAUGCAUCGCAUGCGUCGAAUGGGUGCUACCUCACGUAAGGGUCGUGUCUGCUGUAACUCCUGUGGCAAGACUUUCUAUGAUAAGGGUACUCUAAAGAUCCACUACAAUGCUGUGCAUCUAAAGAUUAAGCACCGAUGUACUAUCGAAGGCUGCAAUAUGGUCUUUAGUUCAUUGAGAAGUCGUAACCGGCAUAGUGCUAAUCCCAAUCCUCGUCUACAUAUGCCCAUGCUAAGGAACAACCGGGACAAGGACCUCAUUCGCUCUAGUUCUGGGACAGCAACACCUGUCAUAUCAAGUGCCAAAAGUGGCUUCAAUCUAACUAGCCCUGGAAGACCACCACUAAGCUUUGCCACCCCUCCUCUUGACCCUAUGAUACAGUCACCCCUGCAGAGCCCUCUUGUUUUCCCUUCCCUGAAGUCUGUGCAGCCAGUGCAACCUGUGCCACCUUUUUAUCGCACACUGCUCUCUCCUGCUGACCUAGUUAGUCCCCCGGUCUCUUUGCCCACCAGUCCAAUUUUGCCUACCACAAUCAACAGCACAUCUCUGACAGACCAGCAACAGAUGUUAACUGCUAGCUCCCACAACAUGCAUGUAUCAGAAACAUCAAUGUUUUCUCAUCGCCUACUCACAACUCCCAGUACCCAAGAUUCUGUGACUGUCGACCCUAUGCCUAAAAAGAAACCUCGCAAAUCCAGCAUGCCAGUAAAGAUAGAGAAAGAAAUAAUAGAUGUGGCAGAUGAUUAUGAUGACAAAGAUGAUGAUGAUGAUGAAGAUAGUUGUCAUCACCACCACCAUCAGCCAUCCAACAAUGUCAAUGGAAACUGCAACAACAACAAUAACAGCAGCAGCAGUAGUCAUCACUGUGGGGGUAGUGGACAUCAGUCUCCAACACACGAUGAAAUGAGUCCCAGUCUAGCUGUUAGAGGCAUGCUCCAUCCUGACCAAGAAGAGUUCAGUGGGAGUCAUGGCAGUAGAAGCCAUGGCGACCUGCGCUGUAUUGACAGCUUUACCUCAGAGGACCAAGAUCAUGAGCGUGAUUUUGAAAAUGAGUCAGAGACAUCUGAAUCCAAGAUGCUCUACCAUGAUGAGCUGAUGGACACUGACGUACAUCAGCCUGUCCUAGACAGAAACCUGGGCAAGGAACACCAGGCGGUAGAAGAACAGGGACACCUACAGAAAGAUUUGGAGGACCAAAGCCAUUCCCCACCCUCCCAACACCAGCCUGUUAUCAAAAUCAAGGAGGAGAUCAAUGAUCCUACUUAUGACAUGUUCUGCAUGGGUCAAUAUAGCCUUUACAAUGGAGGUAUGGCAGCUGCCGCUGCUGCUGCUGCCAGCAUGGCUGCCUUACAUGAAAGUUUCAUCUCCUCUAUGAGCUAUGGGACAAGCCCACCAAAAUUCACUUCUCAGUCCCCUGACGAUGAUCUCUGUUCUAGUCCUGAUCCCAAGAUUUGCUACGUCUGCAAAAAGAGCUUUAAAAGUUCAUACAGUGUCAAACUGCACUACAAGAAUGUGCACCUAAAAGAGAUGCACGUGUGUACUGUGGCUGGAUGCAAUGCUGCUUUCCCCUCCCGACGGAGCAGAGAUAGGAUCCUUACAGUACCUUGCGUCAAUGACAGGUCCUCGCAGGAAUUUCUCUUCAGCCUCCAUGAUGGACACAUGUUCCACAACAGCAAGAGCACAGAGGGCUUGAAAAAAUCAGAAAUACAGAAAGGACAGUGAAAUAGGGAACAGCAGGAGGUGCAUCUGUUAAGCGCAGGUAAGUUGCAACCUCUCUGUAUAGAUAUUAUUUCUUCCCCUGAAGAGA